AUGUCUACCUCGGAACACACCAAAAAGGUUUUUACCCUCAACACAGGGGACAAGAUUCCUGCAGUCGGCCUCGGUACCUGGCAAUCCAAACCUAAUGAGGUCCGAGAGGCAGUGAAGGCUGCUUUGCUCGCUGGCUACCGUCACAUCGAUACUACUAAAGGAAGGUGGACUAGCGCUCUAGCUUACGCGAACGAGAAAGAGGUUGGCGAUGGAAUCAGAGAUUCAGGUGUCCCUCGUGAGCAAAUCUGGAUCACCACCAAGCUCGACAACACAUGGCACCAUCGAGUUGAGGACGGUAUCAACUCCUCCCUGGCUUCCUUGGGUGUCGACUACGUUGAUCUCUAUCUCGUCCACUGGCCUUCCUCGACAGACCCGAACGACAAGAAGAAGCACCUCCCCGACUGGGAUUUCAUUAAGACAUGGGAGGAAAUGCAGAAACUGCCCGCCACUGGCAAGGUGCGGAAUAUUGGGGUGUCCAACUUUGGGAUCAAGAACCUAGAGAUUCUGCUCAACGCGCCAACUACAAAGAUCAUUCCGGCAGUCAAUCAAAUCGAAUUACACCCAAAUAACCCUUCACCAAAAUUGGUUGCAUACAACACCUCGAAAGGAAUUCAUUCUACUGGAUAUUCCUGCUUGGGUUCCACUAACUCUCCUCUAUACAGAGAUCCAGUUCUCCUCAAAAUUGCGGAAAACAAGGGCAAGACACCUCAACAGGUUCUGCUCGUUUGGGGUCUGCAGAAAGGGUGGAGUGUCAUUCCAAAGUCAGUGAACAAGGAGCGAAUCGAGAAGAAUUUCCAGCUUGAUGGCUGGGACCUCACACCCGAGGAGCUAGAGCAACUAAGCAACCUCAAGGAUCGUUUCAAGGUAUGCGAUGAUGACUGGCUACCUGUGAAGGUAUUCUUUGGUGACGAUGAAUAA